CACUCGACUCUCUGUGUGUUGUGGUUUUUGUGCUGCCGCAGCGUGUCACUAACAAACAUCCCACAUCACCCUGGGAAGUUGCCACCUCCCCAACUGAGAUAUGAUCACACAACUGGUUUAGACCACAGCUGCACAGCUACAAACAUAGAGUCACGUGAGGAGUGGAAUGGCCUGAAGGGGUUCCCCCCGGUCCCACCUGCCCCUGCCAGGUCCAAUCUGCCUAAAGUGUCUGCUCAGCCACUGCAGCCCACCUCUGCGAUGGGGGACGGACUGGAGGCAGGCAGCAGCCAGAACCCUCCCUCCGCCCCACCGCCUAUCCCCUUCAACCCUCCACCCCCCGAAACAUGGAACCCCUCCAGACCCAAACGACAGACCAACCAGCUGCAGUACUUGCAAAAAGUGGUAUUGAAGACAUUAUGGAAACACAAUUUUGCCUGGCCCUUCCAGGCUCCUGUAGAUGCCAUCAAACUCAAUUUGCCUGACUAUUAUAAGAUCAUAAAGAAUCCUAUGGACAUGGGCACGAUUAAAAAACGCCUGGAGAACAACUACUACUGGAAUGCCCAGGAGUGUAUCCAAGACUUUAACACCAUGUUCACAAACUGCUACAUCUACAACAAGCCCGGGGAUGAUAUUGUCCUAAUGGCAGAAGCCUUGGAAAAGCUCUUUCUCCAGAAGAUUACAGAGAUGCCGCAGGAGGAGACUGAGAUUGCUGUGGUUACAAAGGGACGCAGAGGAGGCAGGCAGGACACAGGUCUAAUUUCAAAAUCAGAUUCAGGACACGACUCAUCAUCCCCCUCUACCACCCCGCAUACACGAGGCUUUUCGUCCCCUUCAACCACUCCACAUACCCGUGCUGCACCCGCCCCCCAAGGUUCUCCUGCCUUACCCCUGAGGCUGGACCAGCCCCUGGUCCAGCCCCUGGUCCAGCCUCUGGUCCAGCCUCUGGUCCAGCCUCUGGUCCAGCCUCUGGUCCAGCCUCUGGUCCAGCCUCUGGUCCAACCUUUGGUCCAACCUUUGGUCCAGCCGCUGGCCCAGCCUCUGGUCCAGACUCUGACCCAGACUCUGGCCCAGACUCUAGCCCAACCUCAGCUUCCCCGUGUGCCUCCUACAACCACAAACCAUGCACCCCAUCUGGGGCCUCCAUUCUCCCUCUCCACUUCAGACGUCCUGGCCCAGGGAAUGACUUCAGUUCCCCCUCCGACUGUGACUCACCCAGGCCUCCAUCCUACUGCCCCCAUACUGCAAAGUUCCCCUGCUCUCAUCAAGCAGAAGAAGAGCCAGAAGAGGAAAGCUGAUACCACGACACCCACCGCCAACGAUCAGCUCAGUGAAUCGUCUCCCAUUUCUGCCGAGACCCGGCCGCGCAGAGACAGCAGCCGCCCAUCAAAGCAGCCAAAAAGAGAAGCAUCACAGCCAGACUCUCAGCAUCAACUUGGAGGAGUCUUGGAGAUGGGAGGGUCAGGAACACCGAAGCGCCAGGAGCAGUUACGUUGGUGUGCACGCCUCGUCAGAGAGAUGCUGUCUAAGAAACACGUGGCAUAUGCCUGGCCUUUUUACAAACCUGUUGAUGCAAAAGCUCUCGGUCUCCACGACUACCAUGAAAUCAUCAAGCACCCCAUGGAUCUCAGCACCAUCAAGAAAAAGCUGGACAACAGACAGUACAGAGAUGCUCAAGAAUUUGCAGCAGACGUCAGGUUGAUGUUCUCGAACUGUUACAAAUACAACCCUCCAGACCACGAUGUGGUUGCCAUGGCGCGCAAAUUACAGGAUGUGUUUGAGAUGCGUUUCGCCAAAAUGCCCGAUGACCCAGAGGAGCCAGUCCCUGUUCCAACCCCGUCAUCAGCUCUCCACCCUGCCCCCUCCACUCGACAAGUCCCACCACCUUCUGCCGCCUCGGAAGAUGAGAGCUCGAGCUCCUCAGAAUCAGAGUCUUCAGGAGGAGACUCAGAACAAGAAAGGAAACAGCGAUUAGCUGAGUUACAGGAACAGCUUAAAGCUGUCCAUGAGCAGCUGGCAGCGCUCUCCCAGCCACAGGUCAGCAAGCCUAAGAAGAAAGAGAGGGAGAAGAAGGAAAAGAAGAAAGAAAAGCACAAGAAAAAAGUGGGAGCAGAGGAACCUUUGGAGACUCUCCCGCUUGCAAUGCUUCAGGCAUCUAAGAAAAGCAAAAGUAGUAAAGAACCUAUCAGUGCAAAGAAAGACAGGAAAAAGCCCAGUAAAAAAGAAGGAGUUAAAAAUCCCCGGCCUGCUGUGCCCCUUCAGCCUGGGCCGACCCCUCUCGUCCCUUCGGCUUCUCUUGAAGAUGUUGACAUCGACAUGUCUGCUGACAGGUGCAAGCCAAUGUCGUAUGAGGAGAAGCGCCAGCUGAGCCUGGAUAUCAAUAAGUUGCCCGGAGACAAGCUGGGCCGUGUCGUGCACAUAAUCCAAACCCGUGAGCCGUCGCUGAAAAACUCCAAUCCGGAUGAGAUUGAGAUUGACUUUGAGACGCUGAAGCCCUCCACGCUGAGAGAGCUAGAGAAGUAUGUCUCAAGCUGCCUCAGGAAGAAGAAAAAACCAUCAGCAGAGAAGCCUCUGGAAAUGCCAAAUGUGACAAAGAUGAAGACGGGAUCCUCAUCUUCAGGCAGCAGUGACUCCUCAGAUAGUGAAGACUCUGACAGUGGGCUGGUUCCCAAGCAACCGAAGAAGACUUCAACUAACAAGGACACCAAGAGACCACAGCACCAGUCCAUCGGUAGUGGAGUGGGCCCAGUCACUUCUCUGCCACAGCAGCCACAGCUUCAGUCACAGCUUCAGACACAGCUUCAGACACAGCUUCAAUCACAGCUUCAGACACAGCUUCAGCCACAGCUUCAGCUUCAACCUCAGACACAGCCUCAGGUGGUCCAGUCGAAACCACCAUAUAUCCCGGCUCCAGCUAUUUCCCUCCCUGUCCCCGUCCCCUCUCUGGAUUCCUCCCAGCUAUUGGCCUCAGGAUUUGACCCUCUGGCCCACUUCAUGAAUUCUCACCUGACGCAGUCCAACACAGAGCCUAAUGCAACCAUUACUACUGCCAGUGCUCCUGUUGCCUCUGGCCUCCUCAAUACCAACGCGCCCACUAACCAGACGCCUUCUGAGACGCACCCUUUCCUAAACCAACAUCCCAUCAUCCCUUCUCCAGCAAUCCAUAAUGCUCUUCCCCAGCAACCAUCAAGACCUAGCAACCGUGCAGCGCCACUUCCACCCAAACCUGUACAGCCUCCUCCAUCCUCCCUCCCUUCAAUGCCUCCAGCUUCCUCACCUCAGCUUCAGCCCUCGCUUCCUCUCACCCUCCCCCCACAGCCUGUCCCCCGCCCUCGCGUCCCGUCACCGCCAUCCCACGGCAUCCUGGGCACCCUCUCGGCACAGCCUCCCCAAGCCCUGCUGGAGGACGACGAGGAGCCAACGCCCACCAGCUCUGAGACCCCACCGCUCAGCCAGGUCCACAGCCUCCUGCAGUCACUUCAGCCCAGAGCUCCCACGCAAACGCUGCACACGCAUUCUCCCGUGCAGCUGGGGCCGCCACUGCAUGUGCAGGUCAUGACAACAGCCGCCCCCGUUCUGACGCAGAGACACAGCUCAGGCCAAGCGCACAUGCAGCAGUCGUUCCCGCAUACGCACACGUCAACACCGCAGCAGCAGCAGAAGGGCGGGGUCCUGCAGCAGAAGGUACAGCAGCUGCAACAGCACCAACAGCAGCCAUCGCCACAAAGCAAAGUGGAGCCUUUCACAACAGGUUGCCCCUCUCCGCUGAUGAUGCACUCUCCUCCUAUGCCUGCGUUCCAUUCAAUGGGACAACAGUCGCCUCCACAGACCAAGAAGCAUGAGCAGAGGUCAAACAUGGGGAUCAAAGAAGAGAAGCUUUCUCAGUCACCAGUGCUGCCCCCCUCGCCCUUCAGCCCAGGCGUUCGUCAGGAUGCACACAAACCAGACAACAAACACAGGUUAGAUAUAAAGCCGAUGGAUGGCUCUCGUCCCAUUUCGCAUUUGGCAGACUCGCCUGCACCACCCUGCUCCCAGCAGGACAACAAAAUCAAGCAAGAACCCAAAACUCCCAUCGCUCCCAAGAAGGCACAGGACGUCAAGAUAAAGAACAUGGGUUCUUGGGCCAGCCUGGCUCAAAAGUCCCAGUCCACACCGGCGUUCUCGGUGCGCUCUUCAAGCGACAGCUUUGAAAGAUACAAGCAGGUCGCGAGAGAGAAGGAGGAGAGAGAGAGACAGCUGAAAGCACAGGCUGAACAGGCCAGGAGGGAGCAAGAGAAGCUACGCCGUGAUGACAAGGACACGGCGGAGCCGUUUCGCCGAGUGCCAGAUGACGACCGCCGUCGCCCAAAUCAGCAGUCGCCGCACGCUCCAGUUCCUCCAGCUUCGACUCCUCCCACUCACUCUCCGCAGGCCCCACCUACACAAUCACAAGCCCCCCCACCCGCCUCCGCUUCACAGAACACGCUCAACCAGGACAGGGCGACGGCACGGCGUGAGGCACAGGAGAGGCGCAGGAGAGAGGCGAUGGCAGACACCAUUGACAUCAAUUUCCAGAGUGACCUGAUGGCAAUUUUUGAAGAGAAUCUGUUCUGAGAGGAAGGCACGAGAGCAGGACCCCGUAGACUCACAAGAAGCAGAUUUGCAGAUCGCUUCCAAACACCCGUGCUGUGACGCACACGGUCGCUGCUUACACAAAUGCACACAUCUGCAUACACAGACUCAGUACUAACUGUCCCUUUCUCUCAGCAGUUGAAACAGCUGGUUUGUGUCGUGAAUGAGAGAUGAGGGGAAGUGAAAUUAAAAUAACAAGCCCCCCUUUUGUUUGUUUUUUUGUUUUUGUUUUUGUUUGUCCCCCCCUCCCCGGCUUGGUGUUUCUGGUUGUAGGUUCUUGAUCACCAUGGCCAACAGGUCCAAAUGGUUGCCCCCCACCCCAUAUGAGGAUAUGAUGAAAAGGAGGGGACUGAGCGUCUAUAUUUAAAGAAAAAAACAGUAAAAAGCAUGUAUGAAAAGAUGGGGUUAAAAAACACACACAGAUGAAUGAAUAAUAAUGCUUUUAGUUUACUCUCUGGAUCUUGUCUCUUAUUUUAUUUUUAAGGUGGAUUUUUUUUUAAAUUUUUUUUUUUAAACUGGGAGGGUCGGGCCGGGGUGCUCACGUUUGCCAGGUUGAGCGGUCAUCUGUUGUUUCUUCUUAAGGCACCGUGGGGAUGGGGGAAAACCCCCCCGCCAUGGCUCCAUUCAAACACUUUUUCUAAGACCUUUACAUCCUUCAGCGUCUCUCUCUUUCUCCAGUUACCAACAGAAGAGGUUGAAGAGAGCAGCAAGGAAAGAGCCAGUCACAACAUUUAAACAAAAAAAUUUCAACAUGUCCUUCGCCUUAGUGCUCCGGCCUGUAAACUAAUGAUUGCACCCCACAAAUUAUACAUAUUAUAUAUAUAAAUAGAAACAAAUACGUAUAAAUAUAGAUAUAUAAAUAUAUAUAUUCUAUACGAUGAAAAGUCAACAGGAAAAGGAAGAUGAGAAGGAUUUGGAUUGCGGGGAGCAAAGCUCGUCUCGGUGUUCAUCUCUGAGCUCUGGUUUUGAUUUUGUAGAAAUUACUGUAAAGAAGAAGAAAAACUUUUUUUAUGAUUCUAUUGAAAAGAUGUGUUCUCUCACACACCUUUUUUCUCUCUCUCUCUCCUCUGGUUUUGUUUUUCUUUCUCAACUCUAUGCCAAAACCAAUCUAUCGAGUGCUGAAACGUCAUUCACUUUCUUUCUUUCUUUCUUUUUUUUUUACGUGUACUUCUUUUCACUUUAUAUGAAAGGUUUUGUUUUUACUGCUAUUUAAUUUUCCUGUCCCCCCCCCCUUUUUUUUUUUUUUAAACCAUGCAGUAGUUUGCUCUGUACUAGUUUGAAGCGGUUCCACCAAUCAUCUUAUGCGACUACUUUAGUAGCCCCCUCCCAUCAUGCUCCAGUUGUUCGAUAAAUCCGCUCUUGACUCAUUGAUUACUUGUGUUCUUUUAUGGAUUUGUUUUUUUUUUUUCAUCAUGUUCAUGUUUUUAGUCUCUUUGCCAUCUCAUCUCCCACUAUCUCGUUCCCAGCUUCUGCAGUCUGUAUAAUAGGUUCUGAUUCUGUCGUUUUUUAGCUCUUAUUUCUGAGAUGUUUUUAUCGUCCACGGUAACAGUUUUGGGAUGUUGUAUGCCAUUGUGUUUGGAAACUGAGCUUUUUCUUUUUUCUUUUUUCCUCCCCUCCCCCCGACUGUCUGUAGGUUGGCCCACUGAUCUGUGAGUGUUUCUGACUCUAUAAUCACGUCUUCUUCUUCUCCUUUUUUUAAUGUUCUACUUCCUUUCCGUUUUCAUAUUUAACUGUUUUUAAGUUUCUUUUCCCUUUGCUAUGUUUUUUUUCUUUUACCCAGAACAAUGUGUUGGUAUGUUGGUGAGUGAGGCAUUGAGGUCAAUAGAUUCAUCUUGUUCAGAUUAUGGAGUACAACAUCUUUUUUUGUUUGUUUGUUUUUUUUUUUGUUUUUUUUUUAAAGAAAAGUAUUAAAAUAAUAUUUAAAAAAUA